AUGCGGUCUCACCUGAGGAUGCGGAGAGCACAGCUUGCUCGGUCAGCCGGACGGUGUGUGUGUAGCAGCGCGUACACAAUCCCCCGUUACGCGAUCCUCUCACACACAUGGGGCGACGAGGAGGUCUCCUUCGAAGACAUGGCGGACGGUACAGCCAAGAAGAAAGCAGGCUAUGCUAAGAUACAGUUCUGCGGAGAUCAAGCCUGGCUCGAUGGGCUCAAGUACUUUUGGGUUGACACGUGCUGCAUCAACAAGUCCAACAGUGUCGAGCUUCAGCACGCUCUCAACUCCAUGUUUCGCUGGUACCGUGAAGCAGCCAAAUGCUAUGUCUAUCUCGCGGACGUCCCAACCAGAGAGCAUGGCGCCAAUGGUAACGGUAGCUGGGAACUGGCUUUUCGGAAAUGUAGAUGGUUCACCCGUGGAUGGACACUGCAAGAGCUUAUUGCUCCAACCAUCAUUGAGUUCUACUCUAAGGAGCACGAGCGCCUAGGAGACAAGAAGUCAUUGGAAGAAGAACUACACGCCAUAACCGGAAUCCCUCUGAAAGCUCUUCAGGGAAGCCCUCUGUCUGAUUUCAGUGUCCCUGAACGAAUAGCGUGGAUGGACAAGCGAGACACAAAGUAUGAGGAAGAUAAGGUGUACGCUUUAUUCGGCAUCUUUGACGUACACAUACCGGUUAUCUACGGCGAAGGAUUGCAGAAGGCACUGAAGCGACUGCGAGACAAGAUCAAUAAGGAUUAUCUCUGCUUGGCAAAGUUAUGGCCCACAGACCCGCGGGACCCGCCGCAGUUGCCGUGCUACGAGGGCUGAUUUACCUCCUUGCUCGGCGGCAACCCCGGUUCCUCUUACAUUUGCCAGAGAAUACAUACGCUUCUGACGACGCAAUGGCAUGGGUAGUUUUAUCGAAGGUUUUCCGGCAGCUGUUACAAGACCCGAACUUGAAGCAAACUUACCUAGUCAUUGACGCACUUGACGAGUGCGCCACUGGCUUGCCGGAACUUCUCAAACUAGUCGCCCAGAUAUCAUCUUCCCGCGUCAAAUGGGUUGUCUCUAGUCGCAACUUGCCUCAUAUUGAGGAGCAAUUAGUUGGCGUCGCUCAAAAUUACAAGCUCAGCCUCGAGCUGAACGCCGAGUCCCUCAAUACUGCCGUCAGCGCAUAUAUCCGCUACAAAGUCCGAGACCUAUCGGAUACGAAACACUACGACAAGAAAACAAAAAGGCU